AUGAUUGCUCAAUUUGCGGUACUUCGCACCCAGAAUGAUAAAGAGCAGCCGUCUGGGAUCGACGCUGACAAGGAGGAUAAGCCGAAUAUUGUGAUAAAAUCAGAGUUCAAAAGUUCCGGAUCAAUUGAAUUCGCACCAUACUUUGAUCCUGAUAAAUUUGGAGAUGAGAAGAAAAACGUUGAAAAUGGAUAUACUGACGAUUUCAACCAAACAUUUGCAACUACCCCGUACGACUAUGGAUACUACGAUUCGAAAAUCGACACCCCGACUACUGUCACACAAUUUGAAACACCUCGCUCAAUUCGGCAAAAUGUUCAAAGCCGCACGAAGACACUGGUUAGCGAUGAGCUGGAUCAACUACGCUCUGGAUUGGCUAAUAAAGAAUACCGCUUCCCCGUCUCCCUACUGCCCGUCAACCUGCGCAUGUUGAAAAUUAAUCACCCCAGUACCGAAACUCCGUCCAAGGAGAGUUCUCACGAGACGGUGUCCAAAAAACCUCAAGUCUUCUUAUAUGACGGGGUACAGGGUGCAAACGGUUCUUUCUACGAUGUCUUCAUGCUCGCCGCCAUAUGCCUCGGUGUCGCUUUGACGCUUUUUGGGGUCAUGUUUGGUUUGUACAAAUUUUCAAUAACAGUGAAGGCCCCUAGGAGAAUGGAUUACCCCGCGUAUGGCGUCACCGGCCCGACCUGUGAUGCAUCAACGGAUACCAAUCUGGCUAAAAGCGCGCAGAUGUACCAUUACCAGCACCAAAAGCAGCAAAUGAUUUCAAUGGAGAAGAUCGGAAUGGACACCCGAUCGGUAUCCGACCACGAAUCUGAGGAAGAGGGUGACUACACGGUCUACGAAUGCCCUGGAUUCGCCACAACUGGCAAUAUGGAAGUGCAGAACCCAAUAUUCGACGAAGGCGCUACCCAGCUGCGCACUACUAAAGUUGUCAUUGAGCCGAAAGUUUAA